AUGUCGGAGAAGGAUUAUCUCCGUGAUCUCCAUAAGUUGCAAUAUGUGCCUCUUGUUCGCUCUUUGAUUUGCAAUUUUGAAGAACGUUUACCAUUACUUGAUUUUAGAUUGUUGAGGGUGCUGAAAGCCGAUGAUAAAGAGUUAUAUAACGAUAACAACAGACAAUACGAAUAUUCCGUAGAAGUUGUCUUUCGGCUAGUUAACCUGAGGUUCAUUGCUAUCCGAUCUGAUGCGCUUAAAAAUUCCGGAUUUCCUUCUUCAGUCAAUCUCCUUUGGAAUCUACAGACUUUAAUUGUAAAUGGUAACAGGGGCGUUGUUGCACCAUUUGAAAUUUGGAACAUGACUCAACUUAAGCAUGUUCAUUUCAAUGUACUUCAGCUGCCUGAUCCUCCUAUCGGUGGGAAAGAUGACGAGUUUGUUUUCGGGAACCUACAAACGCUCACUAAUAUAAGAAAAUUCAAAUGUGGAGAAGAGGUUGUCAAGAGAAUCCCCAAUAUCAAUAAAUUACAAAUAUCUUACUUUGAGGAACCUCAGGGAUUUUUGAGUUACUGUCUCGACAAUCUUGGCCAGCUACAUAAACUCGAGUCCUUGCGUUUCUCCCUUUAUCCCGGAAAUAAGCGAUCCCGGAAUGAUAUGGUGCAGAAUUUCAUCCUCCCCAAUUCCCUCAAGAAGUUGACUUUGAUGGGGACCAAGCUCAAAUGGGAAGACAUGAAGACAAAGAUAUGUUUGUUACCCAAUCUUCAAGUCCUCAAACUGUUAAAAUAUUCUUUUGUGGGGACCGAGUGGGAAACAGUUGAAGGGCAAUUCUGCAACCUUAGAUACUUGCUAAUCAGAAGUUGCCGUGACCUGGAGUGGUGGACAACAGAUAGCAACCACUUUCCACGCCUUGAGCAUCUUCAUCUUGAGGACUUGGAUAAGUUGAAGGAGAUCCCUUCAUGUAUUGGUGAAAUAUCAACGCUUCAAUCGAUUCAGUUGAUUUGGUGUAGCAAGUCAGCUGUCAGUUCUGCUAAAAAAAUAUUGAAGGAACAAGAGGAUUUUGGCAAUGUAGGCUUUCGAGUUCAAGUCUUCCACGGGAUAGUCUGA